AUGGGAACCGCGCCUGGCGCUGGCGCCGCAGCGGUGCGUGAGCUCGAGGUUGGCGGGCUGACCUUUGACGCGGCGUUCGACUCGGGCAAUUGCGCCCGCGUCGAACGCCUCGGGGAGCACGAGUUUGGCAUCUGGACGGCGCCCGACUGCGUUGGCACGAGCUGCGAGACAAACAACCGCACGUGGUUCCACUUUUCAGUCAGCCACGCCACGGCCGGACGCGUGCUCACGUUUGUGGUGCACAACAUGAACUCGCAAAACAGGCUCUUCAAGCACGGCAUGCGGCCCGUAUGGCGCGCGCUCCCCUCGCGCCCGCAGUGGGAGAGGGUCCUUCACCCUGUUGUCGCAGCCGGCACCAAGGCGGAGGACAACUUCACCAUUCGGUUCCGACACACGAUCGAGUCGAGCGAGACCCACUUCUUUGCCCUCUGCUACCCGCAGCCCUACGCCGAGACCUGCAGCCGGCUCGCACACCUCGAUGCUCUCUUUGGCCUGCCGCCGGCUUCAGCCGAGAUCAUGCCUCCGUCGCGACUCGGUGGAGGCGACACGGCUGGCGAGUGCGACGCCUUGCCGCGCACGCCACAGAAGUGCGAGGGAUUGGAGAAGGAGACGCGCAAAGGCGGAGGCGUAGGUGUUCUGACAGCAGCGGACGGGUUGGUGGAGGAGGCCAGCGUCCGCUGCGCCUCGCACGGGCUGCCUUGCCGCCGCCCGCCCGGCGUCUACUACAUGCGCGAACUACUCGUCCGGUCGCUCGGCGGACGGCGCGUCGACCUGCUCACCCUGAGCGGGUCCGACGGCAUGCUCGAGGAGGAGGAGGAGCGACUGGAGGGCCUCUUCCCAGAGGGACGGCCGCGGCCGAGGCUGUUUCGCGACAAGAAGGUUGCCUUCGUCUCGGCGCGUGUCCACCCUGGCGAGGUGCCUGCUUCGCACGUCUUCGACGGGGUGCUCUCCUUCCUGCUGCGCGAGGCGGACCCGCGUGCCCGGAGGCUGCGAGAGGCCUUCGUGUUCAAGCUCGUGCCUUGCCUCAAUCCCGACGGCGUGGCGGACGGGCACUACCGCGCCGACACACGUGGUCUCAACCUCAACCGCGUCUACCUGGACAGCUCGCUCGAGGCGCACCCGUCCGUCCACGGCGUGGCGGAGGUGAUCAAGCAGCUGCACGGCCGCGGAGAGCUGCAUCUCUACGUCGAUCUCCACGCGCACGCCAACAAGCGCGGCUGCUUCCUCUUCGGGAACGCGUUGCCGUCCGCACAGCAGGUGGAGAAUGUGCUCUACGCAAAGCUCGUGGCGCUCAACAGCCGGUGGGUCGACUUCAACGGGUGCGACUUUUCGGCGCGGAACAUGUCCCGCAAGGACCGCCGUGACGGCAAGUCCAAGGAGGGGUCGGGGCGGGUAGGUGUGUUCACCAUGACGGGCCUCACUCACGUGUACACCCUCGAGUGCAGCUAUAACGAGGGGAGGCUCGUCAACAAGCUCCAGCCAGUGCAGCUCCCUGCGUGCAAGCGGGACGCCGCGGCAAUCUCGCCGCCGCCCUCGCCGCCGCGCGGUGCGGCGCUAAAGUAUACGCCGGCCCACUGGCGCGACGUGGGCAAAGCCCUCGCGCUCGCAGCGCUCGACCUGCACGACAUCAAUCCCGCCUCGCGCCUGCCGGCGGUCGGCGGGCUCGAAAAGCAGCGUGGGAUCGUCGCGGCGUGGCUCGGCCGCCGCGUCGCGGCGUCGGGAGGGGCUCAGCGAGGGGACGUGCCAGAGGCGAUGGGAAGCGGGCUGCAGCGCAGCGGCCACCUAGGCGACCGGGCUGAGGCGUGA